AUGGCCGGAACACAGCAUGACCCCAAGCUUUUGUAUGCCAUUGAAGGUGUCAGGGCGUACCACAUCGUAAAUGGAUCAGAAGAAUCCCUAACCGCGUCGGGGCCUCAGACCCUUUCCCUUCUCAUGGUACCGACAUCUUCUCCCUUUGCAGACGCAUCUCAAAUCGGAGCCGCAGAGAAUGACUUCUAUCUCCACCUUCACCUCCCACCUGAGCUCGAUCUUCCGCUUCCCGCGACAACUCAGAUUUACCACCAGCCUCCUUGUAGCUAUCUCAUCCCUCGCUCCCAUACCGGUGGCGGCAGGAUCGUGCUGGUGGAUGAAGAGGACGGAAGCGUUAUCGGGGAGCUAGGGGAGGCGUAUCAAAUUGUUGAAGAUAGCGCUGUGAAGCCUGGAUCAAAGGAACCUGUAGAAUUCUCCCUCCCGCUUGACGGUGGACAGAUCAUUGCUGUCCAUCCAGCAUCACAGGAAUACGUUGAGAUGGAAAUGCACCCGUCGUACAAGAAAUCAUCCCUCGUUUCAACUGCGUCCAAGGCAUCACGACUAAUUGUAUCUACUUCUGACAUGGUCACCAAGGUUUUGCAGAAUCAAGCAGAAUCAUUUACGAAGAGCACCAAGCCGGUGGCUGAACCAGUCACCUUCACACCAGCCGCCCACGACCGCAUCCGGAAAAUCAAUCACUUUUCUACCAAGGCCGCUCACCUUUCCUCCACUACUGUCGGCCGCAUUGGGCAGAUUGCCCAAAAUGUCGGCGCGGGUCUCACAAAAAAAAGAUGGGCCUCCCGGGGUAUGACAGCAGCGGGAAUCCAAUCGAGACGUACAAACCGGGAGUUCUGA